AUGGUCAACCACUCCAAGGAGUUUCAGAGCUCAUCGUUAUUCAUAUCCUUUCGGCCGCACUCGACCAAGAAACAAAGGGAGCUGUGGGAAGCUACGAUCGAACAUGGAGAACUACCCACUUAUGACGAUACCAUUGAAUUCCUACGAAAACGUUGUCUCAUUUUGGAGCGAUGUGAGUCGAUCAUACCAGCGAUGCCUGCAUCCAAGCAAGUGCCUGCUAAGCCAGCAUCAUCGGGCAAGGGCUCAAAAAUCUCUGUAGCAGUGACCACAUCCAACGAGAUCAUCUGUGAAUUGUGUAACGGGGACCAUCCAAAUUUCAAGUGCAAUGCAUUCAAAAACAUGACCAUUGCUCAACGGCUGGCAAAGGCUCGAGAUGCCAAAGUUUGUUUCAACUGUUUGCGCAAGGGCCAUAUGAUUCGAACGUGUCCAUCGCAGCGCUUGUGUGCGAAAUGCAACAAGAAACACCAUAGUAUGCUUCACCAAGAUCAACCGGAAGACGCUGUACAACUGGUGCCGAAAGAAAACCCUACGGUUUGCUUGGAAGUUGUUGGCAACGUGGAAGCAGAUCAACAGGAAAAUGGAAGUGUAUCGGUGACUACAUCUUGUCUCGGUGGAGAAAUUAUUCGGGCUCCUAAACAGGUACUUCUUCAAACGGCAGUGAUAGAUGUUUUUGAUGCACGAGGUCGUCCUCAUCCUUGCCGUGCCCUAUUGGAUUCCGGGUCACAGGCACACAUCUUGUCACAGGCGAUGGCCCGAAAGCUCGGGAUGCCAAUUCUGAAAUGCAACAUAACUGUUAUUGGUGCGAAUGCAAUGAAGACACAUGUAAAUAAGAGGAUGAACCUGAAUUUCUCGUCAAGAUACUGCGAUUUCCAAGAUAGCAUCGCAUGCUUGAUCUCCGAUCGACCAACAGGAAACGUUCCGUCUGCAGAGAUUAACGUGUCGUCGUGGAAUAUACCAUCUGGAAUCAAGUUGGCGGAUCCGGACUUCUUUCAACCACAUGAAAUUGAUUUGGUGCUAGCUUCGGAUUUCGUCUGGAAUAUGCUUCGUUCUGGUAAGGUAGUAUUAUCCAAUGGUACUGCAUCACUACGAGAAACUGAUCUGGGCUGGAUCAUCACAGGUACAUACGACCUGUACCAACAAGUGAGUGGCACUAUGUUGUUCUCUAAUGUGGCUGUCCAAGACCAAUUGGCGGAACAAAUAGAAAGAUUUUGGUUGGUUGAAGAUGUGGCUGAGUCUUCUUAUAAUACCGAAGAGCAAGCAGUUGAAGAGCAUUUCCUGCAAACAUAUCGACGGGAUGAAUCUGGCCGAUUUGUGGUUCAGAUGCCAUUUCGGGAGGAAGUUGAGGAACUUGAAGACAACCGAAGUCUUGCAUUAAAACGAUUCUUUGCCUUAGAAAGGAAACUGUCACGGAAUACUGAGCUGCGUGAUGAGUAUCUUGCGUUCAUGAGAGAGUACGAAUUACUUGGUCACUGCAAAGAAAUCAAGGAAGAAGACGAUGUUUUCGGAGUACCACGGUACUACUUACCUCACCAUGCGGUUUUCAAAUUGGCCAGCUCUUCAACAAAGUUAAGAGUAGUGUUUGACGCAAGUGCUAAGGCAUCCAAAUACUCCCUCAACGACGUCAUGAAAACAGGCCCAACUGUGCAAAACGACAUAUUUUCCGUGAAUCUUCGUUUCCGACAACAUGUAUUUGGUUUCUCCGGUGACGUAACAAAAAUGUACCGGCAAAUUUUGAUCGAUAGUUUCCACACCAGAUUUUUGAGGAUUUUCUGGAGGGAGGAUACGUCGAAACCGCUGAGGGUGCUGGAGCUUCUCACUGUGACAUAUGGAACGGCAGCUGCACCGUUUCUGGCGACAAGAUGUUUGGUACAGUUGGCAACUGAGGAGGAACAUCGCUUUCCGAUUGCAUCGAAGAUGGUUUUAAAAGAUGUGUACGUGGAUGACAUGCUAUCCGGAGCGGACACAGAAGAGGAAGCAAAACAGCGUUUAUUGAAGUGA